AUGGGCUCCGGCAGCAGCAGGGCGGCGAAGGCGCGCAGCCGCCACCGGGGUCUUGCACGGGGCAGCGGGAGUAGCAGCGCCCCCGCCGGCCAGGGCCAGGCAGGAGCGGCGAGGGCGGCUGGCGGCGGAGGAGGCGGCGGCGCCUGGUACUGCAGCAGCAGCUGCAGCCGCCAGUCGCCUGUGCGCCCUCCUUCGCCCCCGCUAGGAGAGCCCGACUCGGACUCCGAGCUCCUGGACCGAAUGCUGGAGGAGUGCGACGACGGGCGUCCGGAGCUGCCUGGCCGCCGCCCGCCGCGCCUCGACGCCGGAGACUUUUGCUCCCGCCCGGCAGGGGGCGGCGCAGGCAAGAGAGAGGAUGGAAUCCCCCGGGAGGAGCGGGUCUUUCUAGCAAGAUCCAUCCAAGAAAGCAAUGACUUUGCCAACCAGGUCCCACUCAGGAAGCCUGAGAUGCAGGCCAAGGUAUCCUACGAUUACUCUGAAGAGGAGCUGAUGGCCAUAAUCGAGCAGGAAUACUGCCGCUGAAGCCAGUCACAGGGUUGCAGAAGCUCCCUGUGGGGCGAGUGAGUUAAACUGCAGCAUUUCUCAGAAAGGGAAGAAAGGAAGAGGACUGGCACCACCAAGCUGCUCGUAGGAGCCCCAUUCUCUGAAAGAGGUCGCCACAAGAGUUGCACCUGGAUGUUCUCUUACUAACUCAGAACGCUUAAUAACUGGUGGUGGGUGCAGCGGGAAUAGGAACUCACCAAGUUCAUUUUGGAAAGCAGACUUCCAAGUGGGUGGGUGCAUAGGACUGGCAUGCUUACUUGGGAUCUUAAACAUUGAAAUGUUCUGGUGGAAGAAUACAUAAUCCUCAAAGUCUUCGCAAAAACACGAAUGCUUACUUUAGGCUGCCUGCAUUUUGCCUUACCAUACUUAAGAAAGGCCAGUGUUUACUUUUUCAACCAUAAACCUAU